AUGCUCUUAGACAUGGAAGCGGACGUCAACGCGCAAGGUGGCAAACAUGGCAACGCUCUACGGGCUGCGUUAUUAUGUGGCCAUCUAGAGAUUGUUCAUUUGCUCUUGGACAAAGGAGCCGAUGUCAACGAGGACGGCGGUGGCUCUGGCAACGCUCUCCAGGCUGCCUCAGGGGGAGGCCAUCAAGAGAUUGUCAGCCUACUAUUGGACAAGGGGGCAGAUGUUAAUUCGCAGAGCGGCGGCUCCGCCCGGGCGUCCGGCGGCCGUAGCUUCUGCAGUAACGCUCUCCAUGCCGCUUCAAGCGGAGGCCAUCAAAAGAUUGUCACCCUGCUCUUAGAAAGGGGAGCGAAUAUCAACGCAAAGGGUGGCAAAUACGGCAACGCUCUCCAGGCCGCCUCAUUUGAAAGCCGUCGAGAGACUGUGAACCUACUCUUAGACCGGGGGGCGGUGUGA